UAGAGGGUAACAAGUGUUUUUGAAUUUUGUUUUGUAGUUUUAAUACUUAAUUAAUUGCUCGCAAUUAUUAUGCAAUAAUUAACAAGCAACCAUUACAUUAUAAUUAUCUAUUUUAUUUAACAUGAGUACCCAUUUUGCUGACGUAUAUUUAAAUUCAAACUUUCGCCAUCUCAUAUAGGAUAUGCCUUCUUAAAUCGACAAUCAGUACCUUCCGAUUAUGCCUAACUUUACAAGAGGACUUUUGAAUUGGACCGUAAAGACCAAAACAUUGAUAAAAUGCGCAGGAAUAGGUGGAGGUGUCGCAGCCGUUGCAGCUUCGCCGGCCAUUUCAACUAAUCCCAUUCAAAUUCAAGAUACUGCGAUCGUUAAUAAGGCCAAUGGGGUAUUACGCUUCAUUAGAUCGUUAAAAAUCGGUUUGUGGAUAUCGUUAGAUUAUUAUUUCUCAAUGGCCGGCCUGGACGAGUCAUCGAGCAACAGCAAAAUCAUGAAGAGCAGGAUCCACCAGAGGUCCGCCGAGCGGAUCCUCAACGGUUGCCUGAGCAACGGCGGUUGUUACAUCAAAUUAGGCCAGGGUUUGGUGUCGAUGGGGCACAUCCUGCCCGCCGAAUACGUGGAAACCCUCAAGGUGUUGCAAGACAGGUGCCUGACGCGCGAAAGCGGCGAGUUGGACGAGAUAUUCACGGAGGAUUUCGGCAAGAAACCGGAGGAAUUGUUCAAGACGUUCGACAAACAACCGAUCGCUGCGGCCAGCAUUGCUCAGGUUUACAAAGCGACGACCGAGGACGAUAAAGACGUGGCGGUUAAAGUGCAAUACAUAGAUUUACAACAGCGAUUCCAACACGACGUGAUAACUGUAAAAACGUUAUUAAAAAUCGCCGGCGUAUUGCACCCCAACUACGACUUCUCCUGGAUGAUAGACGAUCUGGAGAACACGCUUCGACAAGAACUGGACUUUGUAAACGAAGGGAGAAACAGCGAAAGAUGCUCCGAAGAUCUAAAACACUUAUCCUACAUCUACGUGCCGAAAGUCUAUUGGAAUUACACUAAUUCGAGGAUUCUCGUCACAGAGUUCAUCGACGGGCGCAGGAUCAGCGACGUGGAGCAGUUAAAAACCGAUAAAAUUUCUCUAGCCGACUUGAAUAAGAAGCUGUUCGAGGCUUUCGGCCAUCAGAUAUUCCAGACGGGUUUCGUGCACGCCGAUCCCCAUCCGGGAAAUGUUUUAGUGAGGAAAAUCAAGGGAGACGCGCAAUUGGUGUUGUUAGAUCACGGUUUGUACCAACAGGUAUCUCCGGACGAAAGAAGAUCGCUUAGUUGUAUGUGGAACGCCAUCGUGCUCAACGAUCACGACGGCAUGAAGAGAUAUUCCAAAGAACUGGGAGUGGAAAAUUACGAGUUAUUCGCCGAAAUACUAACGCAAUCCCCGUUGAAGGCGCAAGGGUUCAAGCUUCGAGCCCGGCUCACCGACGAGGAUUUGCGACAGAUGACGGAAUACGCCAAGCACCGGUUCGACAGCGUCAUGGUUUGUCUGAAGGAAAUGCCCAGUUCGUUGCUGUUGGUGUUGAGGAAUUUAAAUACGAUUCGCGCUAUAGCACACCAUCACGGGAAUCCCAUAGACAGGUAUAGCGUAUUGGCCAGAACGGCCACAAAAUCGAUUUAUUAUGAACAGUCUAAGUUAACGAAGAGAUUGAUUAACGUGCCGAAGAAGGUGUAUUUCGAAAUUAUGUUGCAAUUACAACGGAUUAAUAGAUGGUUUUGGGGAAUGUCUGUGAGAAUUUUGCACAAAUUGGGCCUGAUGCCGGACGUCGAGGCCAUGACGAACGAUUUCAAACAGAUGCAACUAUAAGAAAUUUAUUUAUUUUUUAAUUUACCAUUAGAUGAAUUUAACUUGCGGUGUUUUUUCUUCUUUUUUAACAAUUUCUCCUCUUCUUCGUCCGGAUCCAAACCCUCCAAUAUCCAUUUUUUUCGUUUGUUGAUUAAACGUUUUUCGUAGAAAUCGCCCUCGUCUAGUUUGAGAUACGCCUCGCUUUUCGUUACCGAAACUUGCGUGUAAAUUUUCCCCACUUCAGCAUCUACAAAAAAACCUUUAAAUAUACAAACUAAACUCACCAAACCAAAUCCUUACCAUCCACUUUUAACUCUACUAAUUCAGUAUUUAUAUGUUCCUCGAUAGCUUUCAACAACGCAACAUCAUAAGGAGUGACUAACGUAACAGCUUUACCCGUUCUACCAGCUCUCGCCGUUCUACCGACUCUAUGCACAUACUCUUUAGGCACUUUCGGUAUCGAAUGGUUUACAACUAGCUGUACGGCCGGUAUAUCGAGACCUCUGCUGGCCACGUCUGUAGCUAUUAGAAUUUUAACAGUGUUACUUUUGAACUUCGCCAGGGCGGCCAGUCGUUGUUGUUGCGGAAUCAUGGCGUGGAGCGCGACGUUCUCGAAGCCCACAU